AUGUCUCCUCCAAAUCCAACCUUAAACUCAAACAAAAACAACUCCAACAACAUCACCACAAGCAAAAACCUCAGUUCUUGUUCCAAUUCAUCCUUCACCUUCACCUUAUCCGAGUCAACCCUAAAAGUCAACGAUCACAUCAUCCUCUCUGAUGUCCCCAAAAACAUCACCACCACCACCACCACCGACGGUUGCUUCCUCGGCUUCAAAACCACCGAACCAAAACCCCGCCACGUGGCAUCCAUUGGAAAACUCAAAAACAUAAACUUCACAAGCAUAUUCCGGUUCAAAGUAUGGUGGACCACUCUCUGGACCGGUUCAAACGGCAAAGACAUCGAAACCGAAACUCAAUUUCUCAUGCUCCAAAACUCGGAUCCAAACCCAAACUCGGGUUUGAAUCCGAACACAUAUCGACCCUAUGUUUUAUUUCUCCCAAUAAUAGAAGGUCCAUUUCGCGCUUCUUUACAAUCCGACAAAAACGACAACAUUUUAGUUUGCAUGGAAAGUGGUUCAACUUCCAUAACAGAAUCUGAAUAUGACACUGUCGUUUAUGUUCAUGCGGGUAACGAUCCAUUUAAGCUAGUAAAAGAAGCUAUGAAAAAAGUGAGGGACCACUUAGGAACAUUCAAGCUUCUAGAAGAAAAAUCUGUUCCGGGCAUAGUGGAGAAAUUCGGAUGGUGUACAUGGGAUGCAUUUUAUCUUAAGGUACACCCUCAAGGAAUUAGGGAAGGUGUAAAAAAUUUAACCAAUGGUGGUUGUCCACCUGGCUUUGUUUUAAUCGACGAUGGUUGGCAAUCUAUAGCCCGUGAUGAUGAUCCGAUUAAUACUAACGAUGGGAUUAAUCGCACGGACGCGGGUGAACAGAUGCCAUGUAGGUUAAUUAAAUUUGAAGAGAAUUAUAAGUUUAAGGAUUAUAAGAAUGGAUUAGGGUUAGGUGGAUUUGUUAAGGAGUUGAAGAAAGAUUUUGAGAGUGUUGAGUAUGUGUAUGUGUGGCAUGCUUUGUGUGGUUAUUGGGGUGGGGUAAGACCUGGUGUUGAGGGUUUACCGGAAGCUAUUGUGGAGACACCUAAAUUGAGUGUUGGAUUGGAAACUACUAUGGAAGAUUUGGCCGUUGAUAAGAUUGUUAAUAAUGGGGUAGGGUUAGUUCCUCCUCAUUUGGUUCAUCAAAUGUAUGAAGGUAUUCAUUCUAUUUUGGAAGAUUCUGGAAUUGAUGGGCUCAAAGUUGAUGUCAUCCAUUUGCUAGAGAUGGUGUGUGAGAAGUAUGGUGGUAGAGUUGAUUUAGCAAAAGCAUAUUACAAAGCUCUCACAAAUUCAGUGAAGAAACAUUUCAAUGGUAAUGGUGUCAUUGCUAGCAUGGAACAUUGCAAUGAUUUCAUGUUACUUGGAACCGAAGCCAUAUCCCUCGGUCGCGUUGGUGAUGAUUUUUGGUGCACUGACCCUUAUGGUGAUCCAAAUGGUACAUAUUGGUUACAAGGAUGUCACAUGGUACAUUGUGCAUACAAUAGCUUAUGGAUGGGAAAUUUCAUUCAACCAGAUUGGGAUAUGUUCCAAUCUACACACCCUUGUGCAACUUUCCAUGCAGCUUCUAGGGCCAUAUCUGGUGGACCUAUUUACAUAAGUGACACUGUUGGAAAUCACAAUUUUGAACUUCUCAAGACCUUAGCUUUGCCAGAUGGUACUAUCCUUAGAUGUGAAUAUUAUGCCCUACCAACUAAGGACUGUCUCUUUGCUGACCCUUUACAUGAUGGCAAAACAAUGCUCAAAAUAUGGAACCUCAACAAGUACACCGGAGUUCUUGGCAUGUUUAACUGUCAAGGAGGAGGAUGGUUUCGCGACAUAAGAUCAAACAAAUGCGCAUCUGAAUUUUCUCAUUCGGUAUCAACUACAAUCAAUAUCAAAGACAUUGAAUGGGAAAGUGGAAAAAAUCCAAUUUCCAUUGAAAGUGUAGAACUCUUUGCUCUAUAUUUCAGCCAAGCCAAAAAGCUCAAAAUUCUCUCUCCCUCAGACACUGAAGAAAUCUCUUUAGAACCAUUCAAUUUUGAGCUUAUAACUGUUUCUCCUAUCACGUUACUUCCUAAAAAGUCCUUGAAGUUUGCUCCUAUUGGUUUGGUGAACAUGUUAAACAAUGGAGGGGCAAUUCAGUCAUUGGAAUUUGAUGAGGUUCAAGAUUUGGUUCGAGUUGGAGUUAGAGGAAGUGGUGAAAUGAGAGUGUUUGCAUCAGAGAAACCAAAGAUUUGUAGAAUUGAUGGCAAAGAAGUUGGCUUUGAAUAUGAAGAUUUCAUGGUUGUGAUUCAUGUACCAUGGUCAAGUUCUUCAAAAUUUUUAUCUGUUCAGUAUAUAUUCUAA